UCACUUCCUCCUCCCUCACCCGCAGAACCCUAGCCGCCUUCUCCUACAACACCUCAGCCGCCUCCUCUCCCUCUCCACCCAGCCGCCCCCUUCCCCCUCUCCUCGACUCGGCUCGAGUGCGCACUCGAGCCAAUCCUCCGCGCCGCCUCCUCCUCCCAUCCGCAUGGUCGUCGCCGCCGCCGAAGCGCAUGGUCGCUGCCGCCAUUCGUCUCUUUCUUCCCACAACGCCUCCCCAUCCUCCAUCAGCCGUCGCUGUGCGCCGUUGUUUUGGACCGGUCGGAGGUCGCUGCAAAGGAGCAGAGGAGGACGACAGUGGGGGGAAGCAGCAGAGGAGGAGGGGAGCAACAGCCAUGCCAGUCGGCGCGCAUCUAAUCGCAAUGCGUGUAGCUGCAGCAAGCUGAAGACGUGGCCCUCCAUGAGCGGCAGUCAGCACGAGGUCGGGGUGGAGGGCCAUGAGCACCAGGAGGCGCGUCGAGGGGCACCAGGAGGCACCAUGGUCAUUGUGGGAGCACGCCAAACCCGAAGGCCAUCACCAGCCGUUGUCCAUGCCCCAGAGCUUAGAAAAAAAGGAGUUAAAGUUUCAGCCAUGAUUGAGACGACGUUCUUCUCCCUCAACGCGCGCCGUGGCGAUCCCUCCUCGUCGCUACCCUUCUCCUUGACUCGGCGGGAUGAGGGGAGCAGGGGCAGCAGCCAGUCGCUGCCCAGUAGCAAAGGAGGACGACGGUGGGGGGAAGGAGCAGAGGAGGACGUCACCUGGGAAGGAGCAGAGAAGCUGGUGUUCCAAACGGCGCUUGCGUCACGUGCCGGACGCUACUCGUGGGCCCUCGUCAUCGUCCCCAAUUUAGGCAUGAUGUAUGAAAAUCUGAAAAGCAGAGAAAGAAUCCCGACGAAGAGUUUGGUGAUGGGGAAUAGGAUGAGUUCUUUCUCUCUUUCAUCCACGUUUGUUCCUACAUUUUUAUUUUGAUGUUAUGGUUUAUUCUAUCCCCUCUUAGAUUAAACUUCUUUGAACCAUCUAAAUCUCUUUGUUCAAUGACUCUGAGUUUACCACUCCUUGUAUCUUAACCUUCUUGCUUCAGCAGGGUUAGUUGUUGGGUCAUCUGUGUUGUUGACUAUGUAGGUUAGGUUCCUUCCCACUCCCUUUUGGGUUUCUUCCUGUUGGAAGUGAUGUGGCCUAAUUCUUUCUUUUUCA